UUGGGGUUCCUCCAUUCAUUGCUGGAUGCUGUCCAUUGGAUUCUUUGAGAUGACAGUCUCCUCCAGCCCUGGGACCAACAUGGAUUCCUUGGUCCCAGUAUAUCUUUAUCUCUGUCUGACUGGAUAAUUUGAGAUGAGAGUCCUGUCCAGUCAAUUAUACUCUCCCAUGAAUAAAAUAUUAAAAACUCUCUAAUCUCUCUCCUGCCUCAGUUUCUCUGGCAUUACAUUUUGGAGGUCCCCUAAGCUAAUAGAAACUGAGAACUGGAUUAGAGAUUAGAGACCUCUCGGUCUCCACCUGGGCCUGAGGAGGCUUGGGACCUGGGUCUAUUCUUUGGGAAAAGACCUCCAGAUCCUUCGAGGGAAAGGAAGUAGUUUUUCAGCCUCAGUUGGGCCUACAGUGGACAACGAAAUCGAUUCGGCAUUUGGGGGAGUAAUCUGUCUGGGUACCUUUUGGGGUACCAUUUGGUUCUGGUUCUGGUCUGUUGCUAGCAACCUGUGGUCUCAGAAUAAAUACCGAGGGGUUUGAAAGUUCUGAGACGGGUAGUUUCUGGAAAGCUGGAAAAUAUCCUUUGGGUAUGUGUUAUAUGUUUGUUUAAUGUUGUAACUGUGUAGUCUGUGUGAUGUGUGUUCUAUGUUCUGUGUGCUUUGUCUGUUUUGUUGGUUGAAAAAAUUUUAAGAGCAACGUUGCAACUGUGCUUAGUAAAAUGGAGCUCCACAUGUGUCUGUGUGUGUCUGUGUUAAAAGAUUUUUUUUGAAUUUAAUUUUAUUUUAUAAUAACUUUAUAUUGACAGAAUCCAUGCCAGGGUAAUUUUUUACAACAUUAUCCCUUGCACUAGCUUAUGUUUCGAUUUUCCCCCUCCCUCCCUUCACCCCCUCCCCAAGAUGGCAAGCAGUCCUAUAUAUGUUAGAUAUGUUGCAAUAUAUCCUAGAUACAAUAUAUGUGUGCAGAACCGAACAGUUCUCUUGUUGCACAGGGCGAAUUGGAUUCAGAAGGUAAAAAUAACUCGGGAAGAAAAUCAAAAAUGCAAAUAGUUCAUAUUCGUUUCCUAGUGUUCUUUCUUUGGGUGUAGCUGUUUCUGUCCAUCAUUUAUCAAUUGAAACUCAGUUACGUCUCUUUGUCAAAGAAAUCCACUUCCAUCAGAAUACAUCCUCAUACAAUAUCGUUGUCAAAGUGUAUAAUGAUCUCCUGGUUCUGCUCAUUUCACUUAGCAUCAGUUCAUGUAGGUCUCUCCAAGCCUCUCUGUAUUCAUCCUGCUGGUCAUUCCUUACAGAGCAAUAAUAUUCCAUAACAUUCAUAUACCACAAUUUACCCAGCCAUUCUCCAAUUGAUGGGCAUCCAUUCAUUUUCCAGUUUUUAGCCACUAGAAACAGGGCUGCCACAAACAUUUUGGCACAUACAGGUCCCUUUCCCUUCUUUAGUAUCUCUUUGGGAUAUAAGCCCAAUAGAAACACUGCUGGAUCAAAGGGUAUGCACAUUUUGAUAACUUUUUGGGCAUAAUUCCAGAUUGCUCUCCAGAAUGGUUGGGUUCAUUCACAACUCCACCAACAAUGCAUCAGUGUCCCAGUUUUCCUGCAUCCCCUCCAACAUUCAUUAUUAUUUUUUCCUGUCAUCUUAGCCAAUCUGACAGGUGUGUAGUGGUAUCUCAGAGUUGUCUUAAUUUGCAUUUCUCUGAUCAAUAGUGAUUUGGACCACUCUUUCAUAUGAGUGGUAAUAGUUUCAAUUUCAUCCUCUGAAAAUUGUCUGUUCAUAUCCUUUGACCAUUUAUCAAUUGGAGAAUGGCUUGGUUUCUUAUAAAUUAGGGUCAGUUCUCUAUAUAUUUUGGAAAUGAGGCCUUUAUCAGAACCUUUAACUGUAAAGAUGUUUUCCCAGUUUGUUGCUUCCCUUCUAAUCUUAUUUGCAUUCGUUCUGUUUGUACAAAGGCUUUUUAAUUUGAUGUAAUCAAAAUUUUCUAUUCUGUGAUCAGUAAUGGUCUCUAGUUCAUCUAGUCACAAAUUUCUUUCUCCUCCACAAGUCUGAGAGAUAAACUAUCCUAUGUUCCUCUAAUUUAUUUAUAAUCUCGUUCUUUAUGCCUAGGUCAUGGACCCAUUUUGAUCUUAUCUUGGUAUAUGGUGUUAAGUGUGGGUCCUUGACUAAUUUCUGCCAUACUAAUUUCCAGUUAUCCCAGCAGUUUUUAUCAAAUAAUGAAUUCUUAACCCAAAAGUUAGAAUCUUUGGGUUUGUCAAACACUAGAUUGCUAUAGUUGACUAUUCUGUCUUGUGAACUUAACCUUUUUCACUGAUCAACUAAUCUAUUUCUUAGCCAAUACCAAAUGGUUUUGGUGACUGCUGCUUUAAAAUACAAUUUUAGAUCAGGUACAGCUAGACCACCUUCAUCUGUGUUAAAAGUUAACAAGCUUGUAAAAGAUAAGAAUUCAACCUUUGUGUUGCAGGCUUAGAAAAUAUCAAGAAGUUUGAAAAAUCUUUCUCUCUCCUUCUGUCUCUGGCUGACUGCAGCAGUCUUGUGGAGGAAAAGGGAGAAAAGGGAGAGAAAGGAAGCAAUAAAAAAAGAAAGAAAAAAUAGAUUGAAAGGGAUUUGAAAGUUUGGACUAGAGUAAAGAGCAAUAAAAUUCAAGCUUAUCCUGGUCUGGGCAAUAAAAAGCUUUGGAGAUAAGAUGCUAAUAGCUGUUAGAAGAAAUGUGGUGGGAAAGAAAAGAAAAAAAACUUUAAAAAACAGGUGUAUUAGUUUGAUUCAGUUUAUUACCUUCUGAAAUAUAUCGAGUUAUUUGUUGACACAAGUUAUACUUUAAAUCCAGUUCUGCUGGACAUGUGUGGGUUUUUGGAGGUUUGGGCUAUUCACUAUAGUGUGAAUCUUAUAGGUUUUUGAAGGAAAAAGUAAAGAGGAAUGCAGGUGAUUUAGGAAGGACUCAUUUGUAGGGGCAAUUAAAGGUUUGCAUGGUUUUAGGAAAGUGAAAGAAAGACUUUUGGGAGAAGGUGAAGAGGUAGGGGAGGGAGCCACCCAUCCCCACUACCUUCUACUACUUUACCAAAGGAGCAUCUGGUAGGAAAGUUCUUUAAGGACAUUGUUCAAGUAUGUAGCUAGGGAGAAGGAGAAAGUUGGAAAUGGGUGGAUUUGGGAAAAAACCUGAUGUUGGGAAACUGAUGGGCUAAAUCUUGAAAAGGAUCCCCAUGUAGGAAAUUGAGUGGGGAACCUAAGGGAAGUUUUUUUUUCUAGGGGGCAGGAGUGGGGGAAGGGGGGCCAUGUGGAAUCCUUUUCUCUCCUCACCCCCCUGAGUGUGUUCCUGCUGUUUUUUUUUUUUUUCUUAUCUGAUUAAGGCCAGUGCAGCAAACUGUGAUUUAAAGGGAUAUGCUUACUUUUAGGUUAAUUGAUUAAAUAUUUGUUUCUUUAAUACAUAAAGGUUUUCUUGGUUGAGGAAUAUGGUCAUAAAUGUGAUCCAUACUUUGGUAGGAAUAUUUCUAAAAGUUUAAUUGCUAUUUAAAAAAAAUUUCUUGAAUUCUUUUAUGUGGAAUUAGGUCUUUUGUAUAAGUUUAAAUUGAUUGUAUUAGGUCAUUCUGAGGUUAUUUAAAGGGCCUCUGAAAAUAAUAGUUUUUUCUUUGUCCUUUUGAAAAUGUUUCUGUUAUGGACAAUAUGCAAUUUGGGAUCUUUUUCUAUGUAUUGGGUAUUUUAAAAGCAAAAUGAUUUGUAUGUAUAAUGUUCAUUCAUGUAACAUCUACCUAGAUAUGAUAAUUGUUCUAAGUUGUGAACUUACUGAGACAAAAUUUCUUUCUAUUGUUACUAUAAGGUUAUGGUAACUCUUUGUUUAAGAUUUAUCAGAAAUUUGAUUAAUGAAAUCUGUUAUUGGAGGUAAAAUUUCUUGGGUUUAUAGUUAAUUAGUUAAUGCUAUUUGGGAGUUUUAAAGCUCCACCCUCUGACAGUUACUGGGACAAUUGAUAAGCAGUUAAAACUCAACUGCUUAUGUUAUGUUAUAGCUAUGUUCUUACAUUUUUCCUUCUGUAACUGAUCUCUCUAAUCAGGGCAAUGGUCAAUAGAAACUGUUAAUGCAAUUCAAUUAUGCCAUGCCUUGCUAUUUUCAGUCUGGUCAUACGUAAUUAUUGUAUCCUAAAUGCUUGGGCAACUAAGUAUUUCCCCUGGUCAUGUGUCUGUUACUGGAUAUUUGUGUUUGUUUCUUUAAGGUUUCUACAUGAUAAGAGGACAAUUAACAGGGGUCUGUAAGACUGCACCCCUUUGCCUGGCCUGUAAAGCAAACUCAUCUCUUCACAUAGGAAACAGUUUAUUUUGGCCUCCUCAUAUUUUGCAGCAGUCUGGUGAACUGAGUCUUUCGAUCUGAGACUGAUCUAAUCUUUGUGUGUUAGAUUUGUGUUUUUGGUCUAGAUUUUGAUCAAAUUACAGAUAUUGGCUUGCUUCUGGAACCUGGAUCAGCUUGGAUCAGCUUUGAUUGUCAGUCAGUGCGGUACACCUACCCUCUCUCUGCAUGGAAUGCCAUUUAUCAGCCUGGAGCAGCAGUUUUAAAUGAGACCAUGGACUGGACCCUGCAUCGAGUGUACUUUGGACUGAUAUAAGGAACUUUGGGAAUGAUUGAUGACUGACUGUUAAACCUUGCCUGGAUCAUCUCUUACUGUAUGUUUAAGAUGGGGCUGGGAUUUGUUAAAAACUCUGUGAUUAUUGCUAUUAUGUUUGAGGGAUUUUUAGGAAAUGCUACUGUACUAGUCUGUUAUGUAUAGGGAUUUUGAUUCACUCUUGGGAUUUAUGUGUGGAAUGGUCAUUUGAUAAUUCCUUUCCAUGAGAAAAAAAGGGGAGGGAGAGAUAGAACAUUGGGGAAACUGGUAUAUUUUUUUUCAAAAUACCUGAAAGAAUGGGAACCCCUAGCUCCUAUUCACUUAGCCUUAGGCAUUUCUGCCCCACCCCUCCAUCUCACUAGUUCAGAUUGAAUUUGGAUGCUUUAGCUUUAGAAUCUCUUAUUUUGUUAAAAUUGUCCUGGCAGACUCAGUUUUGGGGAUUAUUUUUUUAGAAAAGUUUUAGAAAUCAGACAUCUGUCUUGGGACUGGCAGUCUCUCUGAUCUGUUUUUCCAGUCCUGUAACCCCAGUUCAUUAAGUAUUUCAGCAUUUCAAAGGACCUUGAAGUUUGGCACGAGGCACCUAAAAAGUUUGGAGUUUGCCUGCCUUGAUGAUCUAACUGUGCAUAAUCUGCAAUCUGAUCCUUUCUGCAGCCCUGUUUCUCUGGGCGGGGACAGGUGGAGCUACUACAAGCUUCAUCCUUCCCCCAUGGAGAGGGCUGCCUCUCUGAAUGGGCCUUGGACCCUGCUGCUCUGUAAGCAGAGACUGAGUUAAGUGCAUAAAUGACCACAGACCUAACUGUCCAUCUCAAACUGGAUUCUCUGGCUGAGAUGGUGCUCCAGAACUGUAGAAGACCUGACAUGGUUGUAACAGGGAGCCUUUGUACAGCUGUUAACUCUGGGGUUAUCAGGGAGAGACUUGCUCUUGCCAAAUGAGUCCUUAAAUUUUUCUAGUUUUAUUUGUGUGGAAUGUUAUGCCACAGUUCUCUUUAACUGUCCUGACUCAGUUUCCCUGUACUAGUUUCCCUUGUCUCAGUUUUCUUAACUGUUUUGUCUCAAUCCCCUAAAUUGUAAACUCCCCCUGUGGCCCAUUAAAACUGAGGACCAUUUGCUUUAAGGUUAUAAAUUAGCAAGACAAACAAGAGAGUAGACUUCCUGACUCUUCUGUCCUCAAGAAUUUACAAUAUCCCUCUAAAAUAUUCCAAGAUACUUCACUGAUAUCUUUAUUUCUGUAUAUUCAGACAUCCUGUCUCUGGGUUUUUAGGAUUUAUGGCCUCCCCCAUCCUGACAGAAAUUUUCCGCGCUUCUUACCCCUUCCUUUGUUUAGAGAAAAGGUAUUUAAGAAGUUGGGGUUCUCCCAUUCAUCACUGGAGGCUGGCGGCUGGAUGCUGGAUGCUGUCCACUGGAUUCUUUGAGAUGACUAUCUCCUCCAGCCCUGGGACCAACAUGGAUUCUUUGGUCCCAGUAUAUCUUUAUCUCUAUCUAACUGGAUAAUUUGAGACGAGAGUCCUGUCCAGUCAAUUAUACUCUCCCAUUAAUAAAAUAUUAAAAACUCUCUAAUCUCUCGUCUGCCUCCGUUUCUCCGAUAUUAGUCUGGUUGAGAAAUAGGGCAAAGGCUCCUGGAUCCUUCAGGGACCGCCCCCUUUUGCUCCCCUUCCCUUUCUUUGUCCUUUACCCUUUCCCCUCUUUUUUUGCCCCUUUCAUUUCCCCCUACUCCCGCUUUCUCCCUCUUUCAUUUCCUCUUCCUCCUCUUUCCCCUUCCUCUCCCCAAAUCCCUCUCUCUGACAUGGAUGAUCUGGGGCUCCCACAUUCUCUCCUUCCUUCUUAUUCUUCUUCAUGUUACCCUCUCCCCAACUCCCCUCCCCCGAAAAGGUGCUUCAGCCUCACCUCCUUAGCCCUCUCCAAAAACACCAUCCUGGGUCUUUUCUUCAUCUUCCUUUCAAGUGUCACUGUCUACCCCCUCCCCAGAUGACCAGCUAUUUUCCAGGACUCCUCUGGGCUAGUUAAGGGGGAGAGACAAACAAGGCUUUAUUUUGUCCCUGGAAGUCCUGGCAGCCAAGUCUGGAGGGGAGGUAUAGAGUAGGCAUUUCAUCAAGGCAGGUUUAGUUGAUCCAAGCCCUGGAAACAGACAAACCUUCCCCCUGGGGUUUGUGUGAGCAGGGAGGACUGUGGGUUCUCCAAAGCAGAGGGAGGUUUGGGAGUUGGGAGGGGCAAAAGGCCAACCUUGUUCAUGGCUCCUUGUUCCUUCCUAGCUCAGCCUUCAGAGACCCCACAGGGCCCAUGCAGAAGAGAGCAUGGCCAUCCUGGCCCCUAUGUUCCUCACCAUUAGGCCUUCCCAGGGAUCGGUGACAUUCCAGGAUGUGGCUGUGGACUUCACCUGGGAGGAGUGGGGCCUCCUGGACCCCUCCCAGAAGGAGCUUUACUGGGACGUGAUGCUGGAGAACUACAGGAACCUGGUCUUCCUGGGUCUUGUGGAGUCCAAUGGGGACAUGAUCUCUCAGCUGGAGUCAGGGAGAGCACAUGGGAUUCCAGUGGAUAGUGUCUCAAGAGCUUGCUGGUUAGAUGGGGGCACUGGGCCUCAGACCAACAUGUCCACUCCAAUGUUAAGUGUUUCUAUGAAAGACUUAUCCCAAAUGACAUCCUUAUGGGAUGACCUUGGCACCUCUGAGAUGGGAAAAGCCUGGGAGUGUUAUGGUAGGUUCAAGAAAGAGGAAAACAACGAGGUGAAACAUUCUAAACAAGGAAAAGAAAUCCAAACAGAAGUUGAAGUCAGAGCCUCUGAAUCUUGUAAAUACAGCCAAACCUCCAGCCCAAAGUCAGUCCUCUUUCCACAACAAGGACUAUCUGUAGUAAUGGAUCUCCAUAACAGUGAGAAUCAGAGAAGGAGCUUCAUCAUGGAGUCAUGCCAAAGACAGUGCACUCCAAUCUGUUCACAGAAGAACUAUUCUGAGGGGAAGAAAUGUCAGAAAGCUUUCCAUUCUGAUUUGGACCACACUAAAACAUCUGGAAUUCAUGCUGAAGAGCAAUUUCAUGAAAUUGCUUUCCUCCUGAAAAGUGAACUUAAUUUACACCAGAGAAGUCAUAUGGGAAAAGGGGGCUCUGAAUUGACUCCAUGUGAGAAGACAUCCUGCCAGAAGGUAGAUCUGACUCAACAUUCCAGUAUUCAGAAUGAAAACAAAUCCUAUAAAUGCAGUGAAUGUGGAAAGGUCUUCUGGAAACAAGUAAAUCUUACCCAGCACUACAGAAUUCACACUGGAGAAAAACCUUUCAAAUGCAGUGACUGUGGAAAGGCCUUCCUUCAGAAGACAGCUCUCAUACGGCAUUGUAGGAUUCACACUGGAGAAAAACCUUUUAAAUGUAGUAAUUGUGGGAAAUCCUUUCCUUGCCGCACAAAGCUGUUUCGACAUCAGAGAACUCACACAGGAGAGAGACCCUAUGAGUGUAGUAAAUGUGGGAAGACAUUCCGAUCAAGCUCCAACUUGACUCAGCACCAGAAAACUCAUAUGGGAUUAAAACCUCAUCAGUGCAGUGUGUGCGGGAAGGCAUUCUCUCAGAAGUCUGAGCUUACUUACCAUGGUAGUGUUCAUACUGGAGAGAAACCAUAUGAAUGCAGUGAAUGUGGAAAAGUCUUCCGGAAGAAAGUAAAUCUUACACAGCACUACAGAAUUCACACUGGAGAGAAACCUUUCAAAUGCAGUGACUGUGGAAAGGCCUUCCGGCAGAAAGUCAAUCUUACACAACACUAUAGAAUUCACACUGGAGAAAAACCUUUUAAAUGCAGUGCUUGUGAGAAAGCCUUUCCUUACCGCACAACGCUGAUUCGACAUCAGAGAAUUCACACUGGAGAGAGACCCUAUGAAUGUAAUGAAUGUGGGAAGACAUUCCCAUCAAGCUCCAACCUGACUCAGCACCAGAGAAGUCAUCGAGGACUAAAACCUUAUCAGUGUAGCGUGUGUGGGAAGGCCUUUACCCAGAAGUCAGCUCUUACUUACCAUGGUAGUGUUCAUACUGGAGAGAAACCAUAUAAAUGCAGUGAAUGUGGCAAGAUCUUCCAGCGGAAAAAAUAUCUUACAAAGCACUAUAGAAUUCACACUGGAGAGAAACCUUUUAAAUGCAGUGACUGUGGGAAAGCCUUUUCUUGGCGCACAAACCUGACCGUACAUCAGAGAACUCACACUAGAGAGAGACCCUGUGAGUGUAGUGAAUGUGGGAAGACAUUCCAAUCAAACUCUAGCCUGACUCGGCACCAGAAAACUCAUACGGGACUAAAACCUCAUCAGUGCACUGUAUGUGGAAAGGCAUUCUCUCAGAAGUCUGCUCUUAACACUCACAGAAGUAUUCAUACUGGAGAGAAACCUUAUGAAUGCACUGAAUGUGGGAAGACCUUUCGCCUGAAAUGCGAACUCAGACAGCACUGCAACAUUCAUACUAGAGGUAAGAUUUUUUAAAAGCAAUGACGGUGGAAAAGCCUUUCUUUGGAGCACAGUGCCGAUCAUACAUCAGAGAAUUCACACUGAAGAAAGACCUUAUGUGUAUAGUGAAUGUGGGAAGUGUAUAAUUUAUGUGGGAAGGCGUUUUCUCAGAAGUCUGCUCUUACCAAUCACAGCAAUAUUCAUACUGGACAGAAACCAUAUGAUUGCAGUGAAUUUGGCAAGAUCUUCUAUCAGAAGUCAGAUCUUACACAACACUUCAGCAUUCACACUGGCAAGAAACCUUUUUAAUGCAGUGAUGGUGAGAACACCAUUUUCUCCAGCAGAAUGCUAACUUGACUUCAGAGAAUUCACACUGGAGAAAAACCCUCUGAAUGCAUUGACUGUGAGAAAGUCUUCACUUAGAAUUCAGGUCUUUCCUUACAUAAGAGAAUAUAUGCCAGAGAGAAAUCCUAGGAAUAUAAAUAAUGGGGGAAAUCAAUCCUUCUGAUCAAAGUACAUCCUCAGUACUAUAGAACUCAUGAUGGAAAAAAACCUCAUUAAUUUAAUCACUGAAAGAAAACUCUCUAGUGGGCUGAUCCAGAUCAAAAUAUAAUUUGAAACUAUUUAAGAAAAUAAAUUCACAAUAAAACAGAAAUGAUAUUAGUCUAUUGGCUGUCUAAGCCAAUAUACCGGAUGACACCAUGGUCCUUAGAAUUUUGAUAUUUUGCUUCUUCAUUUUCAUUGCUUAGAUCAUCUGGUUUUAGUUCAUCUUUGUUUGCCCAGAAGAAAGGGGUUCUUGUUGGCUGGGCCCCCAUGUUAUUAUUAAAAAGUCAUGGACUUAGAUAUUGAAGGGAUGCUAAGGAGUCCAGCCCCCCCCCCCUCAUUUUACAGAUGAGGAAACCAAGCUCAGAUAAGUUAAAAAACCUCCUCAGGCUCACACAAGGAUGACUUUUAAACUGGAGUUUAUGUUUGUGCAGAGUAUAAAAUUCAAUUAUUUGAUCCUAGAAGAAAUAGGGAGCACCAGAAUUUCAAGUAGAGGGGCAGUGGGGUGGUACAGUCAUACCUGUGCUAUAGGAAAAUCUCUUCAGUGACUUGCAGAGGAUCAAGUGGAGUGGGCAGAGAUUUGGGGCUGGAGAUUCAAAUAGGAGAUUUCAUAAAGUUCAGAUGAGUGAGCACAAGGUAGUGAAAUGAAAGGAGACCUGUGAGAAGGUCUAUGGAGGCAGAAAGGAGGAGAUUUAGCCACUGAAUGGGUAAAGGCAAAGGAAGACACUAUCAGUGGGGAGCAGAUUACUAGAAUCAAUCUGCUCCCCAUACACCCUCUCCCAGGUUCUCCCUUCCCCAUUCCUCUUCCUUCUCUUUCCUGUAAUAGUAUAGUAGCCUUGGGCAAACUACUUGAGAGACUCAGAAAGCCCAAAACACAGGCUCCUUUCAAAGGGAUGACCAGGUGCACACUGGAUCCCCAGGGAGCAGUUGUGAGGCAGCUCAGGAGGGUCCCUGGCUUCCUUUGAGGCUCAAAUCAAUGCCCCGCCCCUUCUGUAAGGAGUUUUUCACCCUCCCCUUUAAGAAGAGUGCUUCCUUCACUCCCAAUCCCCCUCACACUCCCUGUGCUUUGUUUCAUUUGUAUGUUGCUGUUUGUAGUUGUAUCCUGAUGUAUCAACCCUAUGUAGAUCCCCUAAACUUCUUCAGGGAAGCAUCUGGGUUUUACCUUUUUUAAUAUCCUCAGUGUUGAACACAGUGCCUGGCAUCCAGUAGUGUAAUGACCGCGUAUUUAAAAUCAGCCGGAGUCAGGAAUUCAGGUUAAGGGAAAAAUCUUCAAUAUUUAUUUAAGUGAAGAGGUGAAUAAAGAUUGCGAUAGCAAAUAUGGGCAGCUGCGACAGGAAGCCAGCUAAGAGAGAGAGACGCAAGCCAAGCCAACCGUGGCAAUGGCAAUCCCAAAAGUCUCUCCUCCCCUUCCUUUUCCACUCCCCUGCCUCCACCUACCAAAAUCGUCAUUUCCUAUACAACACAUCAGGACUUGCACAAAGAGUGGGUGGGGGCCAUUCUUUCUCCAAGCUUAUAUAUUAAUAGAGUAUGGUCCAAUUACUAUUUAGCCUCAUGUGCUUGGGACCUCAGUGCAUCAACUCAAGCCUCAGCCCAUUACACAGUAGACACUAAAUGAGUGCAGGUUUUCCUGAAUUAACUCAAUCCUGGGAGAAGCCUGACAGGUUGCAUCUCCUUGGAGACUGUCUCUGAGCCAGCAGUUACUUUUCACUCCCCCCUCCCCAAAUGCCCAAACCAGUGGCCUCUUCUCAGACAUCCCCUACUCUAAUCUCCCCCCUCUUCCUAAUUUCCCUAGCAAAGGCACAGUACUAGCCUCCUAAUAACCAAGGAUUUUUAAAUCUAGGAGUCAUUUUACAGAAAUGGUACUGAUACCUAAACCAGGUAGGAAGGAAACAGAGAAAGAAAAUUAUAGACCAAUAUCUCUAAUGAAUAUUGAUGCUAAAAUCUUAAGUAAAAUAUUAGCAAAAAGAUUAUAGAAAAUCAUCUCCAGGAUAAUACAUCAUGACCAAGUAGGAUUUAUACCAGGAAUGCAGAGCUGGUUCAAUAUUAGGAAAACCAUUAGCAUAAUUGACUAUAUCAGUAACCAAAUUAACAAAAACCAUAUGAUUAUCUCAAUAGAUGCAGAAAAAGCAUUUGAUAAUAUACAACACUCAUUCUUAUUAAAAACACUAGAGAGUAUAGGAAUAAAUGGACUUUUCCUUAAAAUAGUCAAUGGCAUCUAUUUAAAAUCACCAGUAAGUAUCAUACGUAAUGGGGAUAAUCUGGAACCAUUCUCAAUAAGAUCAGGAAUGAAACAAGAUUGCCCACUACCAUGAUUACUAUUCAAUAUUGUAUUGGAAAUGCUAGUUUCAGCAAUAAGAGAUUAAAGGAAUUAGAGUAGGUAAUGAAAGCAAAUUAUUACUCUUUGCAGAUGACAUGCUGGUAUACUUAGAGAUGCUCAGAUAUUCUACUAAAAAGCUAUUAGAAAUAAUCCACAACUUUAGCAAAGUUGCAGGAUACAAAACAAAUCCACAUAAAUCAUCAGCAUUUUCAUACAUUACUAAUAAAAUCCAACAGCAAGAGAUACAAAAAGAAAUUCCAUUUAAAAUAACUGUAGUAUAAAAUAUCUGCCAAGGGAAAGUCAGGAAAACUAGCAAAACUACAAAAACUACAAAACACUUUCCACACAAAUAGUCAGAUUUAACAAUUGGAAAAAUAUCAAAUGGUCUUGGAUAGGCUGAGCAAAUAUAACAAAGAUGAUGAUACUACCUAAACUAAUCCAUUUAUUUAGUGCUAUACCAAUCAGACUCCCAAGAAACAAUUUUAAUGACCUAGAAAAAAUAACAAAAUUCAUAUGGAAGAACAAAAGGUCAAGAAUUUCAAGGGAACUAAUGGGGAAAAAAUCAAAUGAAGGUGGCCUAGCUGUACCUGAUUUAAAACUAUAUUAAAAAGCAGCAGUCGCCAAAACCAUUUGGGAUUGGCUAAGAAAUAAAUUAGUUGAUCAAUGGAAUAGGUUAGGUUCACAGGACAAAAUAGUCAAUAACUAUAGCAAUCUAGUGUUUGAUAAACCCAAAGACCCCAACUUUUGGGAUAAGAAUUCACUAUUUGAUAAAAAAACUUCUGGGAAAACUGGAAAUUAGUAUGGCAGAAACUAGACAUGGACCCAUACUUAACACUGUAUAACAAGAUAAGAUCAAAAUGGGUUCAUGGUUUUGGCAUAAAGAAUGAGAUUAUAAAUAAAUUAAAAGAACAUAGGAUAGUUUACCUCUCAGACCUGUGGAAGAGGAAGGAAUUUGUGACCAAAGAAGAGCUAGAGAUCAUUAUUGAUCACAAAAUAGAAAAUUUUGAUUAUAUCAAGUUAAAAAGCUUUUGUACAAACAGAACUAAUGCAGAUACAUUUAGAAGGGAAGCAAUAAACUGGGAAAACAUUUUUACAAUUAAAGGUUUUGAUAAAGGCCUCAUUUCCAAAAUAUGUAGAGAACUGACUUUAAUUUAUAAGAAAUCAAGCCAUUCUCCAAUUGAUAAAUGGUCAAAGGAUAUGAACAGACAAUUUUCAGAUGAUGAAAUUGAAACUAUUUCCACUCAUAUGAAAAGUGUUUCAAAUCACUAUUGAUCAGAGAAAUGCAAAUUAAGACAACUCUGAGAUACCAUUACACCCCUCUCAGAUUGGCUAAGAUGACAGGAAAAGAUAAUGAUGAUUGUUGGAGGGGAUGUGGGAAAACUGGGACACUGAUGCAUUGUUGAUGGAGUUGUGAACAGAUCCAACCAUUCUGGAGAGCAUUUGGAACUGCUCAAAAAGUUAUCAAACUGUGCAUACCCUUUGAUCCAGCAGUGCUACUACUGGGCUUAUAUCCCAAAGCAAUCUUAAAAAAGGGAAAGGGACUUGUAUGUGCAAAAAUGUUUGUGGCAGCCCUUUUUGUAGAGGCUAGAAACUGGAAAUUAAGUGGAUGACCAUCAAAUAGAGAAUGGCUGAGUAAAUCGCGGUGUAUGAAAGUUAUGGAAUAUUAUUGUUCUGUAAGAAAUGAUCAGCAGAAUGAAUACAGAGAGGGUUGGAGACACUUACUUGAACUGAUGCUGAGUGCAAUUAGCAGAACCAGGAGAUCAUCAUACACUUCAACAACAAUACUGUAUAAGGAUGUAUUCUGAUGGAAGUGGAUAUCUUCGACAAAGAAGAUCUAAUUCAGUUCCAAUUGAUCAGUGAUGAACAGAACCAGCUACAUCUAGAGAAAGAACACUGGGAAAUGAAUGUGGACUGCUUGCAUCUUUUUUUCUUCCCAGUUUUAUUUUUACCUUUCUAAAUCUGGUUUUUCUUGUGCAACAAGAGAACUGUAUGAACAUGUACACAUAUAUUGUAUUGAAGAUAUACUUUAACAUGUUUAACCUGUAUGAGACUGUCUGCCAUCUAGGGGAGAGGGUGGAGGGAAUGAAGGGAAAAGUUGGAACAAAAGUGAUUGCAAGGGACAAUGUUGAAAAUUUACCCAUGCAUAUGUUCUGUCAAUAAAAAGUCAUAAUAAAAAAAAAA